GAUCAAGUCGUAUCACCAUCACAAUCUCUGUCGAUCUUUGCCUUGCCUCCUCCACGAUUGACUGCCUUCUCCAGCUCCGAGCUCGCGAUGGUGCAACCAAAGAUCGAGGCCACCUGAUUAGAGCUGGCGUAACGGGAAGGAGAUACUUCCUGCGAAAUCCCAGGGAAAAUGCACAUCGUCUGAGCUCACCCGAUUCCGAACCAAUGAAAAUAAGGUCACCCGUUGACAUUGAAUUUUGAGGCAUAUGCCGACAGAUGCCCGCAGAUGCCUGUCCUGAUUCUAGUAUUCCGCCGGCCAAAGAAGCGUUUAAAUACCCGACCAUCCCUGCUCCCAUUUCACUCAUUCCAUAUCCAACCCAGCAGCACCACCAUUCAUUGCUCGGAGCUAAGCUUAGCUGAGGUGGGAUUGAUUGCCAGUCAUGGCUCGAAACCAACUGGGGGUGCUUAACGCGCUUGAUGUGGCCAAGACGCAAUGGUAUCAUUUCACUGCCAUCGUGAUCGCGGGGAUGGGAUUCUUCACCGAUGCAUACGAUCUCUUUUGCAUAUCUAUCGUCACCAAGUUACUUGGCCGGAUAUACUACUAUGAUAAGACAUCUUCCGCCCCCGGCGUUUUGCCUAUCGGCGUACUAGGUGCUGUUAACGGAGUCGCACUGGUUGGCACUUUGGCUGGGCAGCUCUUCUUCGGGUGGCUUGGUGACAAGUUGGGACGAAAACGAGUCUAUGGCUUAACCCUGGCCCUCAUGUUCGUUUGCUCCAUCGCCUCUGGGCUCUCGUUAGGCAACGACAGUAAGGCCGUUAUGACCACCCUCUGUUUCUUCCGGUUCUGGCUCGGGUUCGGCAUCGGCGGCGACUACCCGUUGUCCGCGACCAUCAUGUCCGAAUAUGCCAACAAGAAGACCCGUGGUGCGUUCAUUGCCGCAGUCUUCGCCAUGCAAGGAUUCGGGAUAUUGUUUGGAGGGAUCGUGGCCCUCAUCGUCUCGGCCGCAUUCAAUGGAAAGUACGGUGCUCCUAGGUACUCUGACGCUAGGCUUAUCUCCACUGUAGUCGAUUACUCCACCGUUCGGCAAGCCGAUUACGUGUGGAGGAUCAUUCUGAUGUUUGGUGCGAUCCCGGCCGCUAUGACCUUCUACUGGCGAAUGAAGAUGCCCGAGACCGCUCGUUACACCGCCCUCGUGGCCAAGAACGCUAAGCAGGCGGCAGCCGACAUGUCUACGGUGUUGAACGUUGACCUUGAGUCCGAGCAAGAGAAGGUGGAAAAGAUUGCGGAGGAUAGAUCCAACAACUUCGGCUUGUUCAGCACAGAAUUCGCUCGCCGCCACGGGUCGCACCUCCUCGGGACUGCCAUGACUUGGUUUUUGUUGGACAUUUCUUACUACAGCUCCAACCUCACCCAGAAGGACAUCUUCACCAGCGUGAAAUGGCUUCCCUCCGCAGCGAAAAUGAACGCGCUUGAGGAAGUCUUCCGCGUUGCCAAAGCGCAGACCUUGAUUGCGCUCUGCGGCACCGUCCCUGGAUACUGGUUCACAGUCGCUUUCAUUGAUCACAUUGGAAGGUUCGCUAUCCAAUUGAUGGGCUUCUUCUUCAUGGGCGUGUUCAUGUUGGGACUCGCGAUCCCUUACGAUUACUGGAAGAAUCACAACGCCGGUUUUGUGAUCAUGUACGCUUUGACCUUCUUCUUUUCCAACUUCGGGCCCAAUGCCACAACAUUUGUCGUGCCAGCGGAGAUUUUCCCCGCGAGGCUCCGGUCGACUUGCCACGGCAUAUCAGCAGCGUGGGGAAAGGCAGGGGCAAUCAUCGGGGCCUUUGGGAUUUUGUGGGCUUCUCAGGAUGCAAAGAGCCCAACGGGUGGUUACCCAAAGGGCAUUGGAAUAAAGAACACGUUGAUCCUGCUCGGUGCGAUCAACUUCUUGGGGAUGAUGUUUACUCUGUUAGUUCCUGAAUCGAAAGGAAAGUCGCUUGAGGAGCUCACGGGUGAAAAUGAGGACGAUGAGUCAACUGCUUGAACAGUCCCAGAAUGAUUUCAACUCCUAAGUGACUUUGUGUUGAAAAAUGUAGUAGAAAUUGAGUGCUGAAGAAACUUCCCGUGUUGCCGAAUAUUAUGGAAUCGUCGAGCAGGAUGAAUAAGCUUACUAGUAAAAGUCCAUGUUGCAUUCGAGUAAUAGCAAAAGGAUGUGUAUAUCAAGUUCAUAUAUGAUAUAUGAGUGGUUUGAUUUUCAUGUUUUCAAUC